AGUCCAAAAUUUGUCUAUUAUGUUUUGGGUCCAAUAGCGAUCUUCGUGAUCGAUCGUAUCAUUGGCAUGAGGCAGCAGUACAAACGACUACAGAUUCUAAGUGGCGCCGUCUUGCCAUCAGGUGACUUUUAA